UAUCUUGAGUUAUGUAUGCUUUGCAACCUGCCUUACGCCUGUGCAGAAAGGAAGGAAGGGUAAUGAUAAACUGAUGUGUAGAGCAGAAAGAAAACUCCUAAAAGCUUUAACGUGUGCUCUGCUGGCCACUGAUAGAAGUCACAAGACUGCUCUAACUGCUGAUGAGAAAAGGUAUUUAGCAAUUUAUAUUUACUAAAAUAAUUGCAUUUCCAUGUUCUAUGUACUGUGGGAGACCAGGUAUAGUGAAUGCAGGGUCCUGGGAGACCAGAUAUAG